UUUCAACUACCCACACAUCUCUUCAGGUUAAUCAGGCUUCUUUGGUUUUUUACUCCUAGAAAGCGUGUUCUCAAUCUUCAGUGCCUUUACCCUCAUGGUUAAUUGCGACUUUUGUCGUGUCUUCUUCAAAUUGUGACUUUUCUGCAAGGCCGGCAACGUAUUCACUAUCGUUUAGAUGAAGCAAUGUCUUCAUUCUUCCGAGAUAUGAAAGCCCGGAGACUAAACCCCUCGCGUCUGCCAGGCCCAAAGGUCUCUUUAAACAAGGACAUCCAGGCGUACAUCGAGGAGACUCGACGUGCGGCCGCGGGCGAUACCUGGACGGCGAAGCCAGAGCUUCCCACCACUAAUGAAAUCCUGGGGAUCGACGAAAUCGGCGAUCAUGUCGACUUGGUCGCCAACAAAAUUCAAGGCCCAUGGCCGUCAACUGACAUGUACCUGAAGGCUCAUUAUGACCUUCUCAGAGAAGAUGCAGUUGCUUCGCUAAGGGAUGCAGUGGCUUAUGUGAAAGAAGAUCCACGCAUGAAGGAUUCCAUAAAUGUUUGUAUCUACGAAAAGGUGUACAUCGUUGGGGUUACUUGUGCAGAUGCAGGCGUAGCGAUGAAGCUUACCUUUUCUACUGCUCGUGCUGGAAAGAAUAUCGUAUGGGAGUACUCCCCCAGGCUAACUACAGGCACCAUCGUCGCACUGACGCCGGCGAAUGACAUGUUCAAAUCGAAAUGUAUCGUCGCUGUCGUUGCUGCUAGGCCUCUGGAUGAGUUGAAAAAGACCCCUUCUGAAAUAGAUAUAUUUUAUGCGCGAGCCGAGGAUGCGGAAUUCGACCCUCAGAUGGAGUUUGUUAUGGUCGAAGCUAGGAGCGGCUACUACGAAGCAUCACGGCAUACAUUAACUGCCUUGCAGAAAAUGGCAAGGGAAGGCUUCCCAUUCUCUGAAUAUCUGUGUGAUCUUCAGCCUAAUAUUGAACCUCCGGAAUACAUCAAGUUGAAUCCCUUCGUUGACAUGUCAGCUACCUCAAUCGAUGAAGGCGAUGCAAAAAUAGAUGUUCUUAACAACUGGCCAUCUUCCCCUGAAUCUCUAGACUCGUCUCAAUGGAACGCCUUGCGCCAAAUUCUCACGAAGAGAUUGGCUAUCGUACAAGGUCCACCAGGAACUGGCAAAACUCAUGUCUCUGUCAUUGCAUUGAAGGUGCUACUUUCAACCCUACCUUCCACUGACCCACCAAUCAUUAUCGCAGCGCAGACCAACCACGCGCUGGACCAGUUGCUUCGCCAUGUUGCACAGUUCGAGAUGAAUUAUGUUCGGCUUGGUGGAAGAAGUGCGGAUUUGGAUAUAAAGAAGCGGACUAUAUUCGAGUUAAGGAAAGCUAACCCUGUCCCGACAAUCCCCGGUGGCUUAUUUGGCCCAUCCAAGAAGCGGUUAAAGGAGAUCGCGGAAACUAUCUUUAAGCUAUUCGAGCCAUUUGCUCCAGUCGACUCUAAAUCACCCCUACCGGCAGCGCUGUUGCUCAAACUGAAUAUCAUUACCCAAUCGCAGUAUGACUCUUUAGUAAAAGGAGCUGAGGGAUGGGUUCACGGAGGCGAUCAAGUGGAACCUCUUGCUGCCUGGCUCGGAGAUAGCAAGGUUAAAUUCAAUGUGGUUUACCAACCGAAUAAUUUUGGCUUUGUUGAAGAUGAAAUUGAUCUGGAAUAUGAGCAGCUUAAGGAACUUGAGCUCGAACAAGGCAUCGAUGAGGAGGACGCUGAAAGUUUGAGAGGGCCAUACAUGGCAUUGAUGGAACAGGUUAAAGGAUGCAGCCUUUCCGCAACAGCAGUAGACGCUUUGCGAGCCCGACUUUUAAAGCAAGACGAUCUCUGGAAAGUUUCUCCGCGUGACCGUGGUGGAAUUUACUCGAUAUUCCAAAAGCUUGCGAAGGAAGCCAUCCAAGAAUCUUUCCGAUCCUUAGCGAAGAGAUAUGAAGUGGCUGCUGAGAAUCUCAAAACCGGGAAAUGGGAGUUAAAUUCCACCAUUCUUCAAUCUGCAAGGUUAGUGGGCAUGACGACAACAGGCCUGAGCAAAUAUCGCGCACUUAUUUCAAGCAUAAAGCCCAAGAUAAUCAUGAUUGAAGAGGCUGCUGAGGUGACAGAAGCCCCCAUUGCUGCAGCCUGCAUAAAGUCAUUGGAGCACCUUAUCCUCAUUGGCGAUCAUAAACAGCUCCAGGGCACCUGUGCAGUCAGAGAGCUAGAAGGAGAGCCGUUUUUCUUGCAGGUGUCAUUGUUUGAGCGACUUGUGCAUAAUGGAAUAGAGUUCAAAACGCUGACGAAGCAGCGGCGUAUGGCACCAGAAAUCCGAAGGAUCUUGGCCCCCAUAUAUGAUGAUCUGGAGGACCAUCCGUCCGUGGUAGACAGACACGCCGUUCCUGGAAUGGGUGGAGUUAACUCGUUCUUCUUCUGCCAUGAUUGGCCUGAGUCUUCUGAUAGCUUGCUCUCCAAGUACAAUGAUCGUGAAGCACGCAUGGUUGUCGGAUUUUUCAUCUAUCUCCACCUCAACGGAGUUGAAGUACAGGACAUAACCGUUUUAACCUUUUACAACGGGCAGCGGAAGAAGAUCCUGAAAGCUUUACGAGACAUUCGUUUACUGCAGGGGCAGUAUAUUAAGGUAUCCACGGUUGAUUCAUAUCAAGGAGAGGAAAAUGAAAUUGUACUGCUCUCCUUGGUUCGGAGCAAUGAGAAUAGCGGAAACAUGGGCUUCCUUGCCGUUGAAAACCGAGUGUGCGUUGCUCUAUCGCGGGCAAAGCGGGGGUUCUAUAUUUUUGGGAACGCAGAGUUUCUUGCCGUGUCCAACCCGCUUUGGUGGGAGGUUGUGCAAAUUGUCAAUUGCAGCCCGAGGAGGAUCGGAUAUCACGUUCCGGCGACCUGUGCCAACCACCAGACCAAAAUGUAUAUCGCACAGGCAGAGAAAUGGUCGUUGACUGACGGAGGCUGUUCCUUAAAGUGUGAUCAGAAAUUGAAGUGCGGCCAUGACUGCCCGCUUCGCUGCCACGUCGUAUCACAUUCACAAGUUAAAUGCCAACAGCCCUGCAGCCAACUUCUCCCUUGUGGUCACCCCUGUGUUGAAAUCUGCGAUUUCCCCUGCAAAUGCCAGCACGGCGAAUGCUCUAUCCUAAACGAAGGUUUCCGCGCGGGAGAAAAUGCGCUACCACCUACACCUACCAACGCCCCUCCUAACACCGAGGCACACGCAGACUUCAUCAAGAACUACCAAGACUAUUCGAACGGGGGAGCCAUACAGGACGAUGCACGCCUUGCCUCAAUAGAGCGGAUCAUAAUCGAGCAGGAGAAAAACGACAAGGCACCUCCUCCCCCGCUUGGUAGGAACGUCGUCCCAGGUGUUGACGAACCUUCGCUGCCUAUCUUGAUGGAAAAUGCGGUUCUGCCAGUUCGACAGGCUGGUAAUGCACCGCUGCACCAGAAAUACGUACAGUAUUAUUCACCCGGGUGAAGGUCGUCGAGUAGUGGAGGGUUCGCAAACAGGAAUAAGUCGAGUCGAGUCUUCUUUGAAGAAAUGUGUCGGGGAUCGAACGUGGUAAAACUCAGCCCAUAAGGUGGAUGAAUAGGUCACAUCCGAUAGAACCGUUUUAUGGAUUUAUUGACAUUCAGAGAUGAAUAAUCUAUUUCUACCUUCUUCAUAAGGAGAGCUCUUGAGACGGGUACAUAGCUGGCUAGCUAGGAGUUUCCAUAUGAGCGAUUGUACCCAUUGUUCCCACCCCUUUCCCCCCGUUACUUUCCUCUGCUUCUUUUCUUACUGGCAGUUGGGCGAGGUUAAGCGCAAAUAUUCACCAUACUGUUUUGUGCUGUGCAUGUACAAUAGAAUUGGGUCACCGAACUAGGAACUCGAAGAUGCCCUUGAUUAUGCAGUUCUUCAAUCGAGUGAUAAUAACAAAUUCGUUAACUCUCAUUUGCAGUGUAAUGAUCACUGUUAUAAAAAAUUCCGGGACUUUCAAAAUGGAGGGAGUGAUUCAUGAAUGUCACCUUCUGCCAC